AUGGAAGAUAAUUCACAAGAGGCGUCCAAAAUCGUAGAUCGCACAGAGGAGGGUGUGCUAGCCUCUUUAGCAGCCAGAGCCCCUUCAUAUACAACCCUAGAGCAACAACUGGCGAAAUUUCGGUCAGCAUGUCAAGACUACAUCCUCCACGACUUUGCGGCGGCCGCCGAGGCGAAAGUCGAAUCUCGCUUGUGGGAUGCACACUCCAAGGUCAACCAGAAGUUCAGACCACUGCUGGCCCAGUUCCGCGAGGGCGAGUGCAAAAAGAAGCCGGUCGAGCGCCGAAAGGCCGAGAAACUUUACCUGGAGUUUAUCAAGUCAAGCAUGCGCUUCUAUCGAGGAUAUAUUCAAGGCCUCGCUUCCAACUUCAGUGGCAUGCCAGAGAUUGUUGAGAUUGCUCGAAAGUUCAAUCUAGAAACCCUUUCAGCAGAUACGCCUCUGUCUGUGGAUUUAUUGUUGAAGAAGCAAAUCAUUCGCUCUUGCUAUUCAACUCUGGUCCAACUAGGAGAUCUUUCCAGGUACAGAGAGACCGAGCUACAGACCAAAGAGCGUAAUUGGGGACCGGCCAAGGGGUAUUAUGGGCUGGCAUCUGCUCUUGAUCCCACCACCGGAAUCGCAAGCAAUCAGCUUGCUGUCAUCGCAUUAACAGACCAAGAUCAUCUAAGAGCCGUGUAUCACCUCUACAGGGCAAUCUGCGUUGACAACCCUGCUCCUCAAGCUCAAGGAAACUUGAAACUUGAAUUCAAAAAGAUCAAAAAGAGGUCCGUUCAAGGCAAGCAAAUCCUAAGUGAAGAUGCUGCCGCUGAAGGAAGCCGCGAAUUUCAGAAUAAAUUCCUUCUGUUUCACGCUCGUUGCUUUCUGGAGGAAUAUGACGACGAGGAAGACGAGCAAAAUGAGAUACUCCGCCUUCUUUCGGGCGAAUUGAGGGAAAGGCCCUAUGAUACCAUGAUCCGAAAAUUCUGUUUGAUCAACAUUUCGGCACAGAAUCUGGCCGCAACAAGAGUCCGCAACGAUUCUUCGACAUUCCGCUCGUUUGAAAUUGCUCAGCACAUGAAUGUUGCUACUCUUGUCAUGCUUCUAGAGCUUCUACUAGAUGAGCUCCGACCCCCUACGAAAGACACUGCCAGAUCGAAUCAUUCGCGCGAUGGUCCUUCUCGACUUACUCCUCUCGUCCGCCGCAUCCUCCCCCAUCUUAGACUGUAUAGUGGAUGGUUGUUGAGUACUGUCCAGCAACUCCUCGCGAACAGAACACAGCGAGUCCAAAUUGCGGCAUUGUGGCAGACCUAUGCUGAGGCACUUAGCCUGCUUACCCACACAUUCCCUGUUAUACGUGAAGUGCCCGAACUUCCUUACCUCCUGGACGAGGAUCGAGACACUCUAGCCUUUUCACCUUUCAGCAAUUUUGUCAAAGAAACCCGCUUUCAGGAUGCUGGCCAUAUCCCCAAACCCGUACACGACGAAUCGGUGUCUGGCCCACAGUCGAGCCAAGCCCAAAUGCUCUAUCGAGUCAAGUGUUUGGUCAGAGACGCGGUCUAUCUUUGCAAGAAGGUUUGUCUCUGA